UUCAAUAUCCGGUUGCUUCGGAUCAAUGGGGGUGGUGAUCGAGAGCUCAGUUUGGGAACCGAGCCCCUCUGUGUUUGUCUUCUUCUUCGUUUGCACCUUCUUCUCGAUACUUCUAUUGCCGUACUACGCCAAAAGCAGAACCUUUGGAAGCUUUGAUCAUGGCGUUUCCUCUUCUUUCGUUCGCUUCCAGAGAUGGUUUCUCUUCAUCUACGCUCUCUCUUCAGUGGUGGAAGGCCUAUGGUCGGUGUUCGGAGAUUUCGAGUUAGCGUAUUAUGGCGUAAGAAAGGAAUCCAUGGUUUUUUGUCUGUGCGUUGGAUGCGCAGCCAUUCUCAUAGCCGGUCCUGUACUUGGUGUGCUUUCUGAUCUCAUAGGUCAUCAGAAAAUCUGUCUGCUCUUUUGUGUAUUGCACUUCGUCGUCGGGGCAUGGAAGAGGAUCACCAGGAGCCCAAUUGCCUGGUUCGUGAAUGUUUGCCUCUCUCUUUCCAGCCUCAUGUUUUCUUUUGGGUUCGAGACAUGGAUGGUUGUGGAACAUGAAAAGCAAAGUCAAAGGAACCACUCGUUGAAUGACACAUUUUGGUUGAUGAGUUUCCUCGAAUCUGCUUCUCUAAUCGGAAGUCAAGUGCUGGCAAAUUGGCUCGCAGAUAAUAAUAAUCAGCGCGGGAUAGCAUCUUCUGCUACGGCAUCCUUGUUAUUGUCUUUGGUGGCCAUUAUUUCUAUUUUCCGGACUGCAAAAGGAUCCUUGAAGACUUUGGCAUUUAGGGAUUAUACCACAGCCUUCUGUUCAUAUGUUCUUGGUGGUAAGGAUAACAGAAUUUGGCUUCUGGGAACUUCACAAGCUUGCCUCCAGUUUGCAAUUGCGGUCUUUUGGACUCUUUGGGCUCCAACGAUGGUGGCUGAUGGGCGAGAAGUGAAUCUAGGAUUGAUAUACACAUGCCUGUUGGGUGCAAGGAUGCUCGGGAGUACAGUCUUUCCAUGGCUCCUCAGUGGAGAGUCAUUGCUCAGAGCUGAAGAUUGCUUGGUAUACAUUUACGCCAUACUUGGGAUUGUGCUAUCUAUCGUAGCAUAUGAUUAUCAGGAAGUUGGAUUCUUAGUGGUACUUUUCUGCUUAUUUCAUGGAGGUUAUGGACUGAUGCUGCCUUUGCUUGCAAGAUUAAGGACAAUGUAUGUGCCGAAUGAAUUACGAGGAGGAAUGAUGAGCCUUUCUCAGGUCCCAGCCAACGCAGCUGUUCUGUUUUGCUUGAUACAGAGAGGAUACGGCCACAGGAUCGAGAAUUCCACGAUGAUGGCAUCCAGUGCCGUUUCUUUAUUCAUCGCAUCCGGAUGCAUAUUUUCGUUGAGACGUUGGGGAAAGCCACCUCACCAAGAUUGGCACAAAUUAUGAUCUAAAAGCUGGACUUUGAAAAUUGUAAACCAAAAGCAAAUGGCCAAUCAUCAGAAAUAUGCAAAAACAAAGGAAGGAUACAAGUAAGUGCCUCACCAGAUAUCUUUGGAAUGAUCCAUCCUGAAAGCUGUAGCCAUCAUCCAAGCAUGGAAAUUCUCAGAGAGAGAGAUGUAACUGUAGUUAAGCAUUUACCUGUCGUGCCUCAGUCCUCAUCUUCUCAACAGCUAGGUUUAGUUUAUGAGGGAAGAGUAAAGCAUCAACAAAUCCAAAAAUCUUAUUAUUUGAUUCUUUUUUUUAGGGUCUAGGGAAUCAUUAUCUUUCUGCAGCUUGAAGCGAAUUUCUGGAACCUUUUCUGAGUAAGAGAAAGAUUGUUUUGCUUCA